AUGACGAGGGUGUCCUGGGAGGUGCUGGGGGAGCACUGGGGGGAUACCGGGGGGGAUGCCGGGGGGUUGCAGGGGGUUUGCCGGGCGGUGGUGCUGAGCCCACCGCGGACCCCUGCAGCCGGAGCCCCGGGCGAGCCCAGCCGGCCGCGGGUGUCCCCGGCCGGGCGCCCCCCCGCCGGCCCGGCGCUGACUCAGGCUGUUCCCGGCGCUCCCGGUACAUCGCGUCCCCACGCCGGGCGCUGGCACCGCGCCCGCCCGGUGCAGCUCCCGGCAGGGGCACGGCCCCGGCGGCUCCUCCGGGCUCCCGGCGAGCGGCUGAGACCGGCUCCGAAACGCCGGCAGCUGCCGGAGGGGCUUCGGGGGGCUCAGCCGCACCGCUGGCCCCAAAUCACGCUCUGUGCCCGCCGUGCCCCCACCCCGCGAGCACUGGGGCACCUGCGGGCGGUCUCCAGGCGUUCUCGGGUCUCAGAUCCGUCUGGCGGGGAAGCAUCUCCAUGGCAGGGCACAGCCUCGGGGGGAUUGAUCCCCCCCGACCCCUCUGCGCCCACCCCGGGCAGAGGAGCCGGCUCGCCCCCCCUCAGCCCGGCCACCCCCGGCCGCCCGCCCUCCCCCGAGGCUGGUACAGUUCGUUACGUCCAGACCGGAAUGUACUUUGUGUUAGAAGUGGCCACAAGCCAGGAAGGCAAAGCCGGACUUUAUUUAUCCUCCCUGCUCCGGCCCCGCUGCUGCAUCCUGCCCUUUCUCAAGCCGUGGUGGGAGCCUGAUGGAGCCAGGCAGAGAGGGGAGGCCUCGGGGGGAUCCCAGGGAUCGCCCCAGGCCGGGUCUGGCCCCUCAUCCCCACGCAGCACCCUCCCACCGCCUUCCCGCAGGGACAUCGAGGGCAAUUUCACACAGAAAUGUCCCUGUCCCUGUCCCUGCCCCAUCCCGGGCUUCCCUGCUGCUCCGCACCCCCGGGCUCCACAGCCCUCAUGCCAAGCAAGCGGUCUUGCCCUGCUGCCCCCUGUCCCCGUGUUCCCCUGGCUCCGUGUCCCUCUGUCCCCGUGUCCCCUGUCCCCGUGUCCGUCCGUCCGUCCUGCCGGAGCCCGGCUGCACCCACAGCCGGUGGCAAGGACACGCUGUUCUCCUGCUCCGUGUUGUGCAACCCUGGCUGCACCUCCCGUAAACAGCAGCUCCAGCUCCCCCCCGGGCCCUGCCCCGCUGCCCCCCGCUGCCCCCCGGUGCCCCCCGGUGCCAGCGGCCAGCGGGGCCCCCCGAGGGGUGCCCGCACCGGGGGGAAGCCAGGCACCGUCAGGAUGCAAAAAAAGCUGCUUUGAUCCCCAAAAUGGGCAAUGGGGAUCCGGUUCUGGUGGGAAGGAUGGGUUUGAUCCCUGGGAAGAGGAGGAUCCCUGCCCUGGGACCAUCGGGGGCAGAGUUUAUUAUUUAUUAUUUAUUAUUUAUUAUUUAUUAUUUAUUAUUUAUUAUUUAUUAUUUAUUAUUUAUUAUUUAUUAUUUAUUAUCUAUUAUUUAUUAUUCAUUAUUUAUUAUUUAUUAUUUAUUAUCUAUUAUCUAUUAUCUAUUAUCUGUUAUCUAUUAUCAUCUCUUAUCUAUUAUCAUCUCUUAUCUACUAUAUACUAUCUAUUAUUUGUUAUCUAUUAUCUAUUAUCAUCUCUUAUCUAUUAUCAUCUAUUAUCUACUAUAUACUAUCUAUUAUUAUUUAUCAUUUAUCAUUUAUCAUUUAUCAUUUAUUUACCAUUUAUAAUUUAAUAUUUAUUAUGUAUUGUUUCUAGUUUCUUGUUUAUUAUUAGUUUAUUAGUUUAUUAUUUAUUAUAAAUUAUUAUUUAUUUCGGAUUUAUUUGUGCUGGCACACACGAAAGGAAACCGAGAGAAAAGAGAAAACCCACUUCCUCCCCCCUCAAGAGAUCACUGCUGUGGCUCCUCGUGGUGCAGCCAAGCCAAUAGCAAUACAGACACCGGAGACGGGCAGGCGGCGCAGCCAAUGAGGC